CCACAUCAGUAGGUCCAGUCAUCGUGUGGGUCUCGCUGGUGACUUUCGGAGAGAAGUUGGUUCUGACUAAAAGUUUGAAGUUCCGUUAUUUGAUGGAAGAACGGACUUCAUGUUGUGGCAAUGCACGAUUCAAGACUAUUUGGUCCAGCAAGGUCUUGAUUUAGUAUUGCAAGAUGAGAAGCCAAGUGAUAUGAAAGAAUCAGAGUGGAGUACAAUCCAGAAGAAGGCUGUCAGCACAAUUCGGUUGGCACUGUCCCCACAGAUUAAAGUGACAGUGCUGAAAGAGACAUCACCAAAGAAGUUGUGGGAAACGUUGGAGAGCAAGUUUGCGUCGAAGACACUUACUAACUGGUUGAUGAUGAGGAUGGACUUGUACUCACUGAAGAUGGAAGAGGGAGGUAGCAUAAUUGAUCACAUCAACAAGUUUAAUGAGCAAGUAUCAAGGCUGUUAAAUGCAGGGGAGACUAUCAAGGAUGAAGAGCAAGGGCUGCUUCUACUGGCUUCUCUACCAAAAUUCUUUAAGCCGUUUGUGCAGUCAAUGAUAGCAGGAAGGACUACACUGCGACUAGAUGAGGUGACGACAGAGUCAAAGGAUGAUGGGAGUUGUCCAGAACUCAAGGAAGACUCGCAGAUCCUAAAGGAGAAGAAGGGCAAAUCGAAGGAAGCUUCUUUCGCAAAUGUGAUCACUUAUGAAGAUGAUCUCCUCUGAAGAUAAGAGUACUGCUGGACAGAAGAUUCUGCAGGAUGGGAGUAUCGCUGCAGAAAUCGCAAAUGAUGUAGGACUUUGAAUUAAGGGGAGAUUUGUUG